AGAGACAGAGAGACUGGAGGAAUGGAGAGGCGGGAGCCCCAGCCGAAGGGGCGGACUCGGGGUGGCGUCUGGCUCUCCCUCCAUAAAGGGGCGCGCUCUCCUGCCGAGCCAUGGUCAGCGGCGCGAUGCCCGACGGCUGCCAGCAGACCCCGAUGGUGGCGGGCAGCGCCCUGCUGGCCCUCCUGGGGCCCCUGGCAUUGUACCAGGUGACGCCCCAGGCUUACGGCAAGCACUCCAGGAGCCCCGCGUCGGCCACCGCGCUCCUGCCCGCCCGCACCGCUUGGUUCCUGCAGGAGCUGCCAGCGUUCGUGGUACCCGCGGGGAUGCUGGCCAGGGAACCCCGAACCCUCUCCGGGCCGCCUGCCGGGCUGCUGCUGGGGCUCUUCUGCGCGCAUUACUUCCACAGGACAUUUAUUUAUUCUUUGUUCAGUAGAGGAAGACCUUGUCCAGUUUUCAUCGUUAUUGAGGGCUUUUUUUUCUGCAUGGGAAAUGGACUUCUUCAAGGCUACUAUCUAGCAUACUGUGCUGAUUAUCCAGCUGAGUGGUACAUGGACAUUCGCUUUAGCCUGGGCAUCUUCUUAUUUCUUUUGGGAAUGGGGAUCAAUAUUCAUAGUGACCAUCUACUGCGGCAGCUCAGGAAGCCUGGAGAAAUCAUCUAUAGGAUUCCACAAGGUGGCUUGUUUACAUAUGUUUCUGGCGCCAAUUUCUUUGGAGAGAUUGUGGAAUGGAUCGGCUUUGCCCUGGCCUCCUGGUCCCCUCCAGCAUUUGCCUUUGCAUUUUUCUCAUUUUGUUACCUUGGGACACGAGCUUUAAGCCACCACAGGUUCUACCUCAAGACAUUUGAGGAUUACCCCAAAUCUCGGAAAGCUCUCAUUCCAUUUAUCUUUUAAGGAAACCCAACAAAAGGAGGGAAGAGAGUUUGCACCAUCACCACGCUGCUGAAUGCAAAACUCCCAGAGCUUCCUUACACCCAUGUGGACACAAAGCAGAGGGCUUCUUGCAACUUUGACAGCUCAGGAUGCUGACUAGUUUCCCCUGUGUCUAAUGCUGCUGCUCACCAGGAACUUAGUGGCUCCCCUGGCUUUCACCUGAGCCUCUGCAAAGCUCUAUUUCUUCACACAGAGGUGUUUGUCCCUUAGUUCUUUCCUAGAAAGUGCAAAAACAUAUCCCUAUGCAUUUUAAUUAUUUUUCCCUUAGGGACUUUAACUCCUUGGUUUUUGAUCCUGCUUUCAAUAUUUGAUACC